GUCACUGAGUGAACUGAUUCAAAAGAGUCACUGAGAUGAAUCACUAGCGCUUAUAGUGGGAGGGGAGGGGUGGGGCAGGAAUGCAGUCCAUACCCGAUGUGAUGCUGCUGCUCUAAAUCCCGGUCUCUGCAAGUCCACGAUCCAGAAAUUACUGGAGUGUUGCACCGCGCAAAACAUUUCAGUAGCGUAGCUGAUGGAAACGGAGUCCGUUAGACAUGUGCGCGAACGUUUUCGGCGCAUUGAAAAGGUGAGAAAUAUGCUGCGCAUUUUAGGAGGUGGUGAGAUAUGCUCGGAUUGUGUCGGAAAGGGUUGGCUGGUGUUCAGAAGCAAUCAAAAUGUCCUUCUGCGAUGGUUUCGUUCAUGUAAAUCCAGGCACAGCGCUGUCAGAUUGCAGGAAGCAUCGUUUUGGUGAAGCAUGUUCAGCCUGUUUAGGAAACCCUUUGAUGGUGGGAAGAGGACAAUGGAUCAUGGCAGUCAGCAGCCACAAACUCCGCAGACGCCAGGACCCUUCCCAGGUUAUACGGGACCCCAGGGCCCCUACCCUGGGCAGCACCCAGCCCUGUUACGGCUAGAUGAGGUGCAAAGGGAGAUUGCCACCCUGGGCCCACAGGUAUGCUCUUACAGCGGCCUGCAGAGCGACAGAGAGUACAAACGACUGGAGCGAGAGCUGACCCGAUUGCUGCUGGAGGUCGAUAAGGUGGAGACAGAGGGCAGGCCGGAGCUUCAGCAGGCUCGGAAGCGUGCGGCAGGAGAGGUGGAGGGUCUGCUUCGCUACCUGGAGGGCAAUGCUACGCAUCCGUCUCGGCUGGCCAUUGAGGAACUGACCCAGGAGGCGCAGAGCUUGCUGAAUGAAGGGGUCGUAGGGCCGUUCCGACAGGGCCAGGCUCAAGAUGCCUUUGAGAUCAGCGAGGAGCUGGUGGAGGCUGUGCAGGACGUGUCCAUGCGGCUGGCUCAGGUCAAGACGGGAGGGAAUGUACCACUCCGAAAGGCACGUUACAAAGCAUUGACAAGGGUCUGUGCUGUACAGGAAAUACUGGAGGGUCGUGUACGCACUCAUAUGCUGGCGCUGCCGUUGUCCGAUGACACGCACGAGGCCGUGCAGCGUAUUAAUCAAGUCAUGGCUCAGGUGAGUGGUGCCCGGUGCCAGGAAGUGGCUCUGCUGAUUGGUCUGAGUGGGCGUGAUAGCUGUGCCCACCUGGCGAGGAUCCUUACAGAGCUGUUGGUUGAACUGGACGCCCUGGAUGUGUCUAGUAAUUCUGCAGUGAGGAACUACAGAAAACAAGUGGUGGAGGAGAUCAAUGGUCUGCUAAAACAUCUUGACCUGGAGGGAGAAGGAGAAGAGACACACAGGUAUGAUCUAGCGCAGAAUGACUCGAUUCGUGAAAUUGAGGCGAUCAGGGGCCAUGUCUCAGUGCUGCGGGAGGAGGUGCUUCGGCACGGUGCUGCAGGACAGGGGACGGAGCUGCAAGGUCUCCUCACGCACCUGGAUCAGGUGGACACGGGGCGAAAUCCCUGCAUUCGGGAAGCGCGGCGCAGGGCCGUGUUGGAAGUUCAGGCACUCAUCACCUUCCUAGACCUCUGGGAAGCCCUAGGACGGCGUAACCCCGGACCAGACGAGCCUCCGCCUCAUGUGGCCGUGUGGCGUGUCUUAGCCAGCCUGUGCAACCUGCAGGCUCAGGUUUUGGGCUUUGACGGCAAGAGGGCUGACAAGAGCUACAUGGUAUUGGAAGAGCUACUGACCAAACAACUACUGGCUCUUGAUGCUGUGGACCCUCAGGGCGACCAGGGGACCAAAAUUGCCCGUAAGCAAGCUGUUAAACACGCCCAGAAUAUCCUUAGUUACCUGGAUAUGAAGACAGAUGAGUGGGAGUACUGAGAGGCCAAUAAAAGAGACAGAGAAUAAGGAGCUGCAAGAAAAUGGCAAAAGCUUUUUUGCCUCUUGUGCAACAUAUGAGGACACGGUCGUGCCGAGGAUAUAGGCCAUGGGCGAUAUUUUUAAUUUGUGUAUAAAAGACUUUGUGUAUCGCCGUGGGCAGUGAGACUGUUACCCAUGAUGCACUGCACCUGCUGCUUUUUUUGGUCCAUUACUGGUCCCUGAAAACGGUCUUUCUUCUGCCAGAAUGCUGUUUCUAAUGCACAUGAAGCAUUUGUUUUCAUGACAAUAACCCAUGACGAUCUUUUUAGUUGAAUCUGUGCUGUUAAUUGGUGUGGUGUGGUGCUAAACCCUGUUUUGCUGCCAAAAUCUGCUUCCUGCUUUGUCCAACAUGCCUGUGUGGGGCACAUUUCAGUCUUUAUCAUGGUGUGAGUACAUCAGCUCUUCAUUCCUAUCCAGUUAAAGCCAUAUAGGAGCAGAUGAUCCUGUUAUGACCACAACAGGAUGAGCAAUGGGCCAUUUCCUGUUAAUCACACAUAAUGGAAAAGGCAGCAGUGUUCAUAGGUUUAAUCUCUUCUCUAAAUUGCACUUUCAGAGCCUGAGCUAUUCUUGCUACAGUUGUUAGCCGAAUAUAAACAACAACUGACCCAGUGGAACAAUAUUUUUGCAUUUUCUUGCAUCUUCUACAUAUAUGUCCCAGUUUACAUUACAAUAGAUGAGAAUGAAUAAUCAGUUUAAAGGUGAAGUGUCAUUUCUGCGCCAUCAGUGUCACCAAAUUGACAGUUUACACUUUUCAUUUAACUUAAAAUUAUGGCUUACUUAUAGUUUAGAAAUAUAGGCUAUUCACAUUAUGCUAAUAUGAGAAAGUGUUAUAAACUUCACCUUAAAAAAAGACUCAAGGUAAAGCUAAAAAAAUCUAUCAGAUUUCUAACCCUUCCUGCAGUUUUGUCAGAUUUCAUAGAGGACUGUGGCCAAAAUUGCAAUGAGGUAUUGUCUUUCGAGACGUUUCUUUUUACUAUCGAUAUGGAGGACAAAAAAUAGAAACUAGUUCACAAGGUUUCUUGUUAUCUCCAUUGCAACUAUGGAAUCGAGCAGAGACUGAAAGUGUGUGUGUCUGUGAUUGUUCAAAAAAAAGUGGUGCGUGCUAUUUUGGUGGCGAGACUGAUCAAAGUGGACAGGGGUAUUCUAGGACAUUUUUAUCUGAGCAGCAUGGAAAGACAGCAAGCUAUCAAACACUCAAAAACUCAACAAUGUGACCCAAAUCUGUUUUGUGUGUGUGUGUGUGUGUUACACAUGAUGGAUCUAGGGGUUUUGGGAUGACAGCAUGAACAAGUAAAGAUUUGGUUCACUUUCAUAUGUGGGAAUAAAUUGGACAAAAUGAGUCCCACAAGUGACUUUUGUUAUGAACAACAGGGUUUUCAUCAUAUUUGCACAUUGGAUUUACCCUUGGUUUGAAUUACACUCUAUAAAGUAGUACACAUAAAGGUGCAAAAGUAUAUUUACUUAUUCCGUUUCUUUACUCUCAAAUAUUGUGGCUUGGUUUGAACUGUAACUAUAAUUUGGCACUACUGUAGAUUGUUCAUUGGCCGAUAUGAACUUAGAGAGCAGAAUAGCCAAUGGGCAAUAUAUGAUAAUACAAUAAGGCAAUAGAGUGCAACAGUGGGGUUCUGGAUUUAAAAAUCAUAUUCAUUUUCUCCAUAGAGGAAUUAAUUUGAAUGAUAACUUGCUACUGUGAACUAUAUGGUUAAUCGAUGGUAUAUGCUUUUCUUGAAGCAUAUUUCAUUACUUCAACUUGUUUUUUUUAAUAAUCAUGUUCAACAGCUGGUGAAAACUACAUUACCCAUGAUUCUGCAAAGAAAUAUCCACCACCUGAUAUUCAAAACUAAUGUUUUAGUUACUAAAACAAAGUUGUUUUAAACUAAAGCUCGGAGCUGCUUGGUUUCAUGGCUUGUAACUCAUAAAUGAGACUUUAAAAAAAUCUCUAUGGGAAAAAUGAAUGGAAAAAAUACUUCUGGAACCAAGGCUGCUGUAAAACGAUUGCACUUCAUUAAAAUGAC